CCAUGUCUGCUCAGUUCUUCUUCUUCUGCCAUAACUAAAAAUCAGCUCAAAAAGCAACAAUCUUUUUCACCAUUAAUUCUUCCUAAGUUGUUAUUGUUGUCAUCUACCUAACUUCUCAUUUUCUUGUUAAAACUCUUUCCCCAUUUUCUUGUUUGUUUCCUCAAGUAAAAGGAACAAAAAGAAUCAAGAAACGAAGUUACUAAGGAAAGCAAGUUCAUUUUUUGUCUUUUUUAUAGUUGGUGGCUUGGUGGGUAUGACCUAAUUUCUGUUUUUGUUUCUUUUUCUGGUGAGAGAGGAAGCUUUACAUUUCAAAAAUCAUCUGUUCAUACAAGAAAGGAAACAUUUUUUUUAAAGAUUUUGUUUUGGGGUUUGUCAUACGUUCCCUUUACGUGUAGUUUCUUUAUCUUUUAAGGAAUUGUGUCUUUUUUGCUUUUGGGGUUGAUAAUGACUUUCUAUGUUACCAUAUAGAAAUUAUAUGAAAUGGGGUUUAGCUAAAAUUGAGUCUUUAUGGUUUUAAUUUUCUAAAAUUUUGUAUUUUGUGUAGUUUUAGUAUAAUUCGCUGAUGUUUGCAAUUGUUAGUUUCCGCAUUAUGUUAUUUUGAUCCAAACAAAGGGUAGCUGCUUUCUUGGUUCAUAUCAUUGGUCCCCUUUUGUUUCUGUUGAUUGAAAAGACAGGAUAAAAGUACUGUUGGCUUUAUAUUAGCUUUUCUUGAAGGAAGCUAAUUGAAUUUGUGCUGUAAAAGGAUAUGAUGCUGGCUUUUGCAAGUCCUUCUUGCUGCAGUAUCCAUACAAGUUCAACUUGCCAUACUUUACUUAGAGAACUAGAGCAAAUAUGGAAGGACAUUGGAGAGACUGAAGCUGAUAAAGACCGUAUGCUGUCGGAGCUGGAGAGAGAGUGUUUGGAAGUUUAUCGAAGAAAAGUUGAAGAAGCUGCAAAUACAAAAGCAUGUCUUCAUCAAUCUGUUGCAACCAAAGAAGCCGAGGUUGCAACAUUAAUGGCUGCUCUUGGUGAACUCAAUAUUAAUUCACUGAAACAGCCAGAGAAGAAGUCAGCAUCAUUGAAGGAGCAACUAGCAUUAGUUACACCACUUAUCGAUGAUUUAAGAGUUAAGAAAGAUGAAAGAGUUAAGCAGUUUGCAGAUGUAAAGACACAAAUCGACAAGAUAACUAGUGAGAUUUCCGGGUAUUCUAAUAUCAUCAAUGCCGUGAGUUCCUUAAAUCUGGAAGAUCAUGACUUGUCACUGAGAAACCUCUCUGAAUACAAAUCUCAUCUUCGUGCUCUUCAAAAGGAGAAGUCUGAGCGGAUCCAAAAAGUUGUGGACUGUGUAAAUGAGGUGCACUCUUUGUGUGGUGUGCUGGGGCUGGAUUUUGGCAAAACUGUGAGUGAUGUGCAUCCAAGCUUGCAUGAAACAAGCCUGGGACAAUCCACUAACAUUAGCGUCAGCGCAUUGGAAAGUCUUGAACAGGCCAUCUUCAGACUGAAGACAGAAAGAAAAGUUCGAUAUCAGAAGCUAAAAGAUGUUGCUGGAUUGUUGUUUGAGCUUUGGACCUUAAUGGAUACAACCAGAGAAGAAAAGAGUAAGUUAUCGAGGAUCACUUGCGUUCUUCGUCUUUCUGAGGCAGAGGUUACAGAACCAGGUGCUCUUUCUUUGGAGGUUAUUCAACAGAUAUCGACAGAAGUGGAGAGGCUGACCAAAUUGAAAGCAAGCAGGAUGAAGGAGUUGGUCAUAAAAAGGAGAGCAGAGCUGGAGGACAUAUGCUACAAAAACCAUAUCGAUCCUGAUCCAAGUACUUCAGCCGAUAAAUCUAGUGCAAUGAUAGACUCUGGUCUUGUGGACCCUUGUGAACUCCUGGAAAAUAUUGAAGCACAAAUAAGCAAAGCAAAGGAUGAAGCUUUAAGUCGAAAAGAUAUAAUGGAUAAAAUAGACUGGUGGCUUUUUGCUUGUGAGGAGGAAAACUGGCUUGAAGAUUAUAACCAGGAUUAUAGACGUUACAGUGGUGGAAGAGGUGCUCACAUAAACUUAAAGCGGGCUGAGCAAGCUAGAAUUAAAGUGACUAAAAUUCCAGUCGUGGUUAACGCUUUGAUUAACAAGACACUAGCUUGGGAAGAUGAGAAACAGAAGUUGUUUCUUUAUGAUGGGGUGAGAUUGGUGUCAAUAUUGGAGGAUUACAAAGUGGUUAGACAGCAGAAAGAAGAGUCAAAGAAACGUGCUCGGGAUCAGAAGAAACUCCAUGAUAUGCUGCUGGCAGAGAAGGAAUCUGCAUAUGGUUCCAAACCUAGCCCGAGAAGAAGCAGCAGCUUUAGGAAGGCAAAUGGUUACCAUGCCAAUGGACAUGGAUCUGUUACACCCUCCCCUCGCAGGAGCUCAAUGUCUUGUGCAACUCCAGAGCUCUUAACACCCCGUUCCAACUCUGUGCGGCACAAUGGUUAUUUCAAGGAAAUGACAAGGCUCUCUACUGGCCCUCUCAACUUUGUGGCUAUGGCUAAAGAAGAUACCGUGUCGUUCUCUUCUAUUUCCGGUUCUGAUCCAGAAUCUCCACUUCAAGCUUGAACACACAAAUUGAGUUGGUAUGUCUGUCUCAUCAAUUUUCUAUCAAAUUAUAGAGUUCAGUGUCAUUUCAAUUCUGAACUUUUCAAGAAUCUCUUUCUUGAAAAGAAUUUUUUCGCUACCCUCUCGUGAUAUUUUUUAGAAUUCAUGAAUAAGUGUGUUUCAAUUCUUACUAGUGGUGUGAAAACCAUCUAAUCAUUCGUUUAUUGUCCUCCUAUUAUACUUUAUAUUGCUCUGCCUAUUACUUUAAAGUGCAUAUGAUGAUUUGCUUCAACGUCGAAUACUAUUGUUUCAACUC